UCAAAGUAAGCCAUGAUGCUUAUCCCUGUCUAGCUCAGUACCGGAGAUGAUUCCGUUAACCAACUCAGAAGCGAUGACCUUCCUGCAGAACAAAGGGCUCAAGACACUUCUUCCUAUAGAGAAGAAAGUUAUCGGUCACUUGACAGUCUUCUACAAUGAUUCAGGCGAGAAGCAUUUUGAGAAGGAAGAGUUUACACAACUUAUGGAUAAAUAUUUCUUAAUGAAAACCGAAAUGCUUGAGCUCAUGAAUAACUACUCAAGCGACUUUAGAGGGUAAGGCAAAGAAGAAACAUAUAAUGUAUCCGUAUAAAACUAGGAGAUUCAGGCUUGGGCAGGGAAUUUAGGAAUGGUUAAGGGAAGUCUCUGGUUCAGGAGGAGGCUGGGGCUGAGUGAAGGCUGAUCGGGCUAGGAAAUGAGGUUUAGGAAGGAUUUUUGGGGAAUUGUAUAAAGAGUAUUAUAAUGCCUCGAGUCAUCUUACAGUAUGAGCAGAAGUGCUCUGCAAGUUAUUGCAUCCUGCCUCAACUUUGCAUACUAAUUAACUCGAUCUCUCUUACAUUUACUUGUUUUGUAUGAACCAAUUAUUCCAGCCAGGAACAACUAGUUGUACAAUAUAGCCUGGAUUCAGAUCUAGAACUGGAAUAAUAUUAUUCUUAAACUUAUUGCACAAGAUGCUUUUAUCGAAAACACCUUCUAUAAUUAACCCCAUUGUCUUUACUUAUAUCUUAUAAAUAUUCUUUUGAACUUCUUUUUUCCUAAAAAUCCUAAAUCUGCUCAAUUCUACCUUCCUAUAACCCCCAGCAAAUGCCCAACACACAAGCACCACCUCUGAAACUUCCACUCCCAUAACCCCCAUCCUCUACCCCCUAAAGCCCCCUAAAAACCCCUAAAACCCCUUAAACCCCACUUAGCCCACAAAUUCCAGCCAAAUUCUGCCAAUUUCUAAAUUUCUUCCUGCUCUAAUUUCCCCGGUUACUUCCUUAAGCGGAGUUCUGAAGCUGCUGCUGGUGCUGGACGGUGAAGGAUUAGCAGAGGGAUUUUAGGUGGGCAGGGGCUGAUGAGGGAAGGAGGGAGAGAGGGGUUAGAUUUUGUAGAGGGGUGGGAUUGGUGUAGAGAGAUUUUUGGAGGGUUAAUGGUAGAUUUUGGGUAGUUGGGGUGGGGAUAGGGGAUUAGGUUAUGAUGAAUGGUCCUGAUUUUGGCUUGGGUAUGGAGAAAUGGGUAUUUUAGAGGAAAUCGCAGUAAAUGUAAAUAUAAGAUUUUCAUAAAUCUCCUUUAUUACUUCUAUAUAACUCAAAAAAUCGAUUAUAUCACUCAAACUAAAGAUUUUCGAAAUUUUCGAAAAUUUGAGACAUCACCUCCCCUCAGAAUCCCCAUUAAAACACUUUCUCUACCUCCUAACCAAACCAAACGAGUACUUAUCUCCCAAACUUUCCUCCUUCAAAAGCCCUAAUUUUUAUCCAAACAAACCUCAAAAGUCUCUAAAAAGCUUUUUAGGGCAAAUCUGAUGACUUUGAAUUUAGAGAACUAGAUCUUCAUGUGAUCAUCAAGAAUAUUGAGCAGAGAUUCACUCAGAAGGAAAUUGAUAAUUUAUUAGAAGAUGUUCACAAGGUCUUUGGAGCCAAGUAGUUC